GCCUCCUCCCCUAUCCCCUUCGGCCCUUCCUCUCCUCUACCCUCCAGGCCACCAGAGCCUCUCCCUAGUCCCUCGCCGCCGGUGCGAGCUAUCGCCAAUUCGCCAUUGCCCAACCACACUACCACCGCGCAAUCCAAUGCAUCUCUAAACCCUAUCCCUCCUUCGAUCGAACCCGAUGCUCGCCUACCCAAGCGCGUCGAGUCCGUCGUGGCCGCAGCGCCACCCACCGUCCCCAAGCCCAGGGGGCGCCGCGUCCACCCCCGCCGCCCCGCGCCACGUGGCGCUGGCGGCUAGGAGCAAGCGGCGAGGCGCGGGAGCCGCGGCGGAGGGGGUGGACGAGGCGGCGGAGCUGGUUCGCGCGCUGCUUCGGAGGACAGGUGGCGGCAAGGAGCGGCUGGUGGCGGUGCUGGACCGGCACGUGAGGGCGGUCCGCACCGAGCACUGCUUCCUCCUCUUCGAGGAACUCGGCCGCCGUGACGCCUGGCUCCAGUGCCUUGAGGUUUUCAGAUGGAUGCAGAAACAACGGUGGUACAUAGCUGACAACGGCAUCUACUCUAAGUUAAUAUCCGUGAUGGGAAGGAAAGGCCAGAUACGGAUGGCAAUGUGGCUGUUCUCCCAGAUGCGGAACAGCGGGUGCAAACCUGACACUUCUGUGUAUAAUUCUCUUAUUGGCGCGCAUCUGCAUUCGCGAGACAAGAGUAAGGCUUUGGCAAAAGCUCUUGGCUAUUUCGAGAAGAUGAAGUGUAUAGAGAGAUGCCAACCGACGAUUGUGACAUACAACAUUCUUUUAAGAGCUUUUGCUCAGGCUGGUGACACAAAGCAGGUAGACAUCUUGUUCAAGGAUCUGGAUGAAAGUAUAGUCUCUCCUGAUAUCUAUACUUAUAAUGGAGUGAUUGACGCAUAUGGGAAGAAUGGCAUGAUCAAAGAGAUGGAAUCUGUGUUACUGCGCAUGAAUAGCAAGCAAUGCCGUCCAGAUGUGAUCACAUUCAACAUACUCAUAGAUUCAUAUGGACGAAAGCAGUUAUUUGAUAAGAUGGAGCAGGUGUUCAAGAGUCUACUGCGAUCGAAGGAGAGGCCUACCCACCCAACAUUUAAUUCCAUGAUAACUAACUACGGGAAAGCAAGACUCAGAGAGAAAGCAGAGUGUGUGCUUGAGAAGAUGGAGGAAUUGGGAUUCAAGCCGAAUUAUGUGACGCAGGAAUGCCUCAUCAUGAUGUAUGCGCAUUGCGAUUGUGUCUCAAGGGCCCAGCAGGUGUUUGAUGAGCUUGUGAGCUCACAAAAUAAUAUGCACCUGUCUUCAUUGAACGCGAUGCUCGAUGCCUACUGCAUGAACGACUUGCACAUGGAAGCAGAUCGGCUACUGGAUACUGCUAAUCAGAAAGGUGUUGUACCCAGUGGUUCCACAUACAAGUUACUUUACAAGGCCUACACCAAGGCAAACGAUAAGGAUCUUGUCCAGAAGUUGCUCAAGAGAAUGAAUACGCAGGGUAUUGUUCCAAAUAAAAAGUUCUUCCUGGAUGCUUUGGAAGCAUUUGGCACCACUGAGAUGAAACCAAGGACAUUACCAACCGCAAAAACUGCAAGCAAGCCGAGUACAGAUUCUACAGGCAAUUCAGAAACAAUUACUUCAAGCAAGCCAAAGGAUUCUCCAUCUUUUAUUACUUUCAUUACAGAGAUCAAGUCUUGAUACAUGAUGUGCGGGAAGAAGUGGAAGAGUACAGAGAUGGGGUGGUGCAAUUUAUCUGGUAUCCUUGACCUUGAGUAACCAGAUACAUGCAAGAAAGAAAUAGCGACCAGCAGAAGCUACAGAACUAGUAACGAAAAUCCAACACCAUUUGAGGGUAGCUUCAAAGGCAGCAGCAGACUGUCGUAGUUGAUCAUCCAGCCGCUUGUCGUGUUGAUCAUCAUCUUCAGCUGGUUCUCCAGCCGGUCCAGGAAGUAGAAGUUCAAUGUUAUGCACGAAUUAUCAGAAGAGAUUAAUUGGCUGAAGAGGUUCCACACAAUCUGAUCCUCCUAUACCCCGGCAAUCCACUUAAGAAUUAUGUCACUGAGAACGGGAGCAUGCACGCGCAGCAUGUAGGUUUACAGAAUGCUCAUACAGCAUAUUAUGUAGUGUAAGUGCCGACCGAUGUAAAGCAUGCCCAUAAUGUAAGAGAUGAAAAAAACACAGAGAGAGCAAUCAAAUCAAAGGGUAGGUACCAGCUUCAUUUUGCAAAGAAUAAGAUAUCAAAGUAAAUUAAGAGGUCAAAAUCAAUAAGAGCUUAAAAAUUGUACAAUCAGCCAUGCAACUUCACGAGCUCAAUGAGACCAAUACAGUGCAAAAUCUUCUGCAAAUCCAGAUACCCUUCAAAAUAUUGGGCAAUCCUGACACAAGAAAAGCCUCGAAAGGGCCAUGCAGACAACAGACACAAAUUUGGAUAUUUGACGACAACAAGCAAAGCGAACAGAAAGCGCUAUGCCGUGUUGAAUUGAAUAAACGGUAGUGGCAUCAAACUCAUAUAUUUCGAGCUCAAACUUUGAGUUCGCCUACUUUAACUGAGUCCCUGCAAUAUACCAACUUCAGAUGACUUUUACCAUCCCUCCACCUGCAGCUCAAAGCUUCUGAAGAACAA